GGGGGUGCAUCCAUAAGCUGCAAUCCUGUAAUGAGGACGUCAUCGUGUUCUCCUUUCCCCUGGCGCCCACAGGCUCCAGCAGCACCGCAUUACAGCGCAGUGUUUGUGGUUUAGUGUUCCUGCAUUUCUAAAAAUACCAGCGUGAUGGUUUUUACAGCGGGUCCGCCUCUCUUCCCGGGGACGCAGGGGAACAACUGCAGGCUAACAGCGGAGUAAAGCCGCCUGGCUGCUGCUGCUGCUCCUGCUGCUGCUGUUAGCUUACGGCGCAGCUGUUUCCAACUCCACGCCAAGUGUCUGCGCCGUGCGUCCCGCUGGAGGAGGGACGCGGCCGGCCGACGCGGGGGAACAGAUGAACGAGCUGGUGAGGAGCCUGCCCUCCCCUACGCUCCCCGGGCUCCACCUGCCGUGCCUGGACACCCACAGGGGCUGGCUCUUCAAAUGGACCAACUACCUGAAGGGCUACCAGCGGCGCUGGUUCGUCCUCAGCAACGGCCUGCUGUCCUACUACAGGACUCAGGCAGAGAUGGCGCACACUUGCCGGGGCACUAUUCCCCUGGCCAAAGCUCACAUCGAGGUGGGUGACACCUGUCAUUUUGUGUUAACCAGCGGAGGCCGAAGCUACCACCUGAAGGCCACAUCUGAGGGCGAGUGUCAGAGAUGGAUGUCGGCCCUGCAACAGGCAAAGGCCAACGCCACGCUCCUGAUCCAUCACUCGGACGACUCAGGAGAUGAAACCCCUGUGCCUCAGGAGGACCGUGCCCUCACCCAGGGAGCGCUGAAGUCUCUGGCCACCAAGCUGGAGGAUCUGAGCACCUGCAAUGAGCUGAUCGGAAAGCACGGCGCCGCCCUCCAGCGCUCCCUCAGCGAGCUCGAAGACCUGCGUGGGUCCACCGAAGGCACGGACAAAGUGAAGGCCGUUAACGAGCGAGCCACCCUCUUCCGCAUCACCUCUAAUGCUAUGAUCAAUGCUUGCCGGGACUUUUUGGAUGUGGCAGAAUCUCACAGCCAGCGGUGGCAGAAGGCUCUGCACUAUGAGAGAGAACAGCGCCACCAUCUGGAGGAGACCAUUGAGCAGUUAGCCAAACAGCACAACAGCCUGGAGAGAGCCUGGAGGGAGAAUCCCACCUCAUAUACAGGUGUGGAGCGGUCUCAAGAAGGGGACGCGAGUGAUGAAAAUGAAGAGGCGGAGUUCUUUGACGCCAUGGAGGACGCCCCUUCCUUCAUAACUGUGACUGCCACUAGCAAUAUCCAGCGCAAGCGCUCAGGCAGUAACCAGAGUAUGAUGAGUGGAGGAGUGCCCAAUGACUGGACUCACAACGAGAGUGACACCUCUGGCACAAACCAGAUGCAGCUACGGAGAACAAGGCGCAGCCGUAUCCCUGACAAACCAAACUACUCCCUUAACUUGUGGAGCAUCAUGAAGAACUGUAUCGGAAAAGACCUAUCCAGGAUUCCCAUGCCUGUAAACUUCAACGAGCCACUGUCGAUGCUGCAGCGCCUGACGGAGGAUUUGGAGUACAGCGAGCUGCUGGACCGGGCGGCUCGCUGCGACUCCUCCCUGGAGCAGAUGUGCCUCGUGGCCGCCUUUUCUGUCUCAUCCUACUCAACCACAGUCCAUCGAACCGCCAAGCCCUUCAACCCUCUGCUGGGGGAGACGUACGAGCUGGACCGAAUGGACGAGUACGGCUAUCGCUCCAUCUCUGAGCAGGUCAGCCAUCAUCCACCAGCUGCUGCCCACCAUGUGGCGUCAGAGCGAGGGUGGACUCUGUGGCAACACAUAACCAUUGACAGCAAGUUUCGUGGGAAAUAUAUUUCUGUCAUGCCAUUAGGUAACAUUCACCUGCAGUUCCACUCAAGUGGAAACCAUUAUGUGUGGAGCAAAGUGACAUCAACAGUGCACAACAUCAUUGUAGGGAAACUUUGGAUCGAUCAGUCUGGGGACAUUGACAUAGUGAACACCACCACAAAGGACACCUGCCGUCUCAAAUUCUCCCCAUACAGCUACUUCUCCAGGGAGGUCCCACGAAAAGUGACAGGGGUAGUGGAGGACGGAGAGGGCACGGCGCAUUACAUCCUGUCAGGAACCUGGGACGACAAAAUGGAAAGUGCAAAAAUAGUGGAAAGCAGCCGUGGCUGUGGAGGCUCUGAAGGCAAACAAAAAACGGUUUAUCAGACUCUUCAGCCCAAGCUGCUGUGGAAAAAAUACCCUCUUCCAGACAACGCGGAGAACAUGCACUAUUUCUCCGCCCUGGCGCUGACCUUGAACGAGCCGGAGGACGGCGUUGCACCCACCGACAGCCGCCUGCGACCGGACCAGCGGCUGAUGGAGGCGGGCUUGUGGGACGAGGCUAACAUCGAGAAGCAGCGGCUUGAGGACCGUCAGAGAGUGGAGAGAAAAAAAAGGGAGGCACAAGCUAACCAGGCUCUGGAGGAAGGGCAAGACAUUGAAGGUUACCAGCCAGUGUGGUUUGAGAAGAGAACAGAUGAAAACACAGGAGAAGCGUCCUACCUGUACAGAGGCGGCUACUGGGAAGCUAAAGAGAGACAAGACUGGAGUCAUUGUCCUGAGAUCUUCUAGGUAUCCGGCUCAGAUGAGCAGGCGGCAGUAUUUACACUCAGCUUUUAAAGCACAAAACCUCCAGCCUCCACUUCCUGUGUAUAUUUGUUCCCUCACUGUUACAGCUGUGCUACCAGGAUGCAUGGCUUUAGUUGGUGUUCGCUUAAGCGCUCUGCAGAACUUAUUUAUGUGAGCAAUUUGAGUUCUGUGUGCCUGUCGGCGCGUGUGAUUGGGCUUUAGUUUACAGAGAACCAAUUUCAGCAGAAAAACACACCCAACUGAGUGUGCACGUGCAAACCGGGGGGCGUGGAGCUCUCUGGGCGUCUGCUACAAGCACUGAAUGUCCUCGCUCUAAUCAAGGAUGGGUAGUAGGGACAUCAGUCUUUGAAGGAGUGGGACAAAGCCUUCUUCUGUGCUGUAAAGCUGUCUCAGCAGAGCAUUAUUUACUGAUCCGUCACAUUCAUUGCUACUUUGUACCACUCUAUUUUUCAAAAUUGUGAAAAUAAUGUCGCGCAGAACAAGCUGUACCCGGAGUGACCUCUAAAAACAAGGACCUUGGGUCACAGAGAACUGAUUUUUUUGUUGAAGCUGCACUCCAUCAGUUUAACACCUUUAAUUCAGUUCACUCCAAACACAGAUCAGCGCAAACCCUGAGAGAUUGUAUGUAUGACUGAUUUAGCACCAAAGGAGUUUUAUUGAGUCCAUGAAAAAUUCUAUAGACACAUUAUUUGUAUAUUUUCAUCCUAGAUGUUGAAGACUACAAACUACAGAAUUUUUGAGUAUUUAAGAAGUUUAACAACAGGCAUUUCUGGGUUGUUUAGAGAUUAUAAGGCAAAAAUAUUUUGAUUUUAAACCAUUAGGGUGUCUAAUUGAAUGUGAUCAAUCUGUCCAGGAAAAAGCCAAAUUGUACGAGUGAUUCAGAAAUUUCCCCAAGUAAUUACUUGAAGUUUACCUAAUCUCUCUACACAUGAUCCUCCACAAUUACAAAUCAAAAGCAGAUUUUUUUUUCUUUUGGGUUUAUAUAUUCCAACCAUUUCCUUUGACAGCCACAACACUAAGCUCAAGUAAUCAAAUAUCAAUAUCAGUGGUAAUUCAAGCCCAUCAGAAGACUCCCGUCUGUCAGUUUCGGGUCUCCCAGCUCAGGGGGCAAACAUCUGUAACAAAAAGGUCUGGAAAAAAUUACAAGGAAAACUCUUCUGCUACAUUUAAAGUUCUAAAAAGCACACAAUAAUUUAAAGUUUUUAACCCUUACUGAAUAAAAUUAGUAAUCUGAGAUAAUUGGUCAAAUACCUAAUCAAUAAGGUAAUACAAGCUUUGAAUUUAAAAAAAUAUAUACAGAGAUGGGCUGCUAUUGCUGCUAUACUAUAUUAGGAGUUUAAUUAAAAGACCUAUUAAACAUAAAAUAACAUUUUAAAAAACAUGACAUUCUGCUGGUGAUUUAAAAAAAAAGGAGCUGAUCUCUGAUGAAGAGAAGCAGAAUAAUCGGAUCUAAUAAGACAGGUCGCUAAGAGCGUCUAUUCCCAGCAGUGUCUGGGCUGGAGAACAAAUACUGAGAACAAAUACUCUGCAUUCAAGCACGACAGUUACAACAUCAUUAUGUGGGAAUGAUCGCAACAAUUCAUAGAUUAGUAUGAAUCUAGGCAGGCAAAAACUGAUUCAGAAGUGUGCUUUUUCUCCAGCAGACCAUUUAGGAGGUUAUUUCUUUAGUUUGGAUUAUAGAAUAAUAAUCAAAUCUUUAAGAUUUUUCAUUAGGCCAAAACGGCCCCAAUUUAUUAAACAGGUAAAGGAUUAAAUAGUUAUUUCACCCAGGUCACAUUCACUGAUGUGACUUUGUUGGUAUAAGAUCUCGACCUCUACGCAUGCGUGUGGGAUAUCCAGCACUGCCCUCUGGUGGUCAGAAGGAAUGAAAUAGAAACAUUCAUUUUGCUUUUGGAUCUUUCAGAGGUGGACAAGAUCAAUGUCUUCAUUUGCUCGGAUCGCUUUUUUUUUAACCCUUAUACAAUUAAAUUGUCAUUUAAAAACAGUUUUUGAAUUUAAUUGAGUUGUCCUGGUCUGACGUUAAAAAGAUUAUGAUGAUUUGAAGAAUUUAAGCAUAGCAAAAACUAGACACUGUAAUUGCACUUUGUUCCCCCUUUCAUCCACAACUACCGUACUUUUCGGCCCAUAUGACGCACCGGAUUUUAAAGUGCAUUAAAUAUUCUUCCCAAGUGUGAAAAAUAACUCAACCCCUCCCCGGUACACAGCUCUCUCCUGAGAGGGUAAGCUUUCAGUCUCUGUAGGGAGGACAGAGUAGUUGGACUACAGUGCCCUGUUUCUAAAAAAAAAAAAAAAAGCCAAAAUAAACAUAACUUUCAUGUUGAAUUAACUUACUUGGUUUAUUUUUGCUAGUGGGUACUCCGAACGCGGGCUGCCUUACAUGAAUGCACCAAUAGUUUAAACAUUACAGUCAGGCAGUCUUGUAGACAGCUCAGGGGUCGGAUUUGUUUAUCUUUCAACUUCAAUCUCUGUAUUAUAUCUGAGUUGCCCCCAUCCUUCUUUAUUAUCCAUGUUCCUCCCUUUACAUCUUUUUUUUUCUUUUGGGAACAAGUUUUAAAAAAAAAUAGGGAAACUAACAGAUUGGCAUAAAUCAUAAGUCCAUUAGUAUUCCUAAUACUGUGCUGCUGGAGUCUCAGUGUGUUUUUUCUUUAUUUUAUUUUCCUCAAUCAACAAUUUAAAAAAGAUGGAUGCAUAAACAAACAUAAUUUCUGAAUGAUACACCUUUUCUUAGUUCUCAGGCUGGAACAGAAAACAUCUAUUGGAAGCAAGAUAUUUUUAUCAUCAAUCUAGUCCACAAAAUAACAAAAACUGUUUUGUGGAGAAAUGAGGGAAGAUGCUCAAUUUCCUUUUAAAAAACAAAAAAUUAAAACAUAUACUUUGACAACUCUCAAGGUGCAUGUCUUCAGUCCAACUGGAAAUAUGUCAAGACUCAAUUUUAAGAGUUUCUCUGAUGCAUAAAUCAGUUAAACCUCCACGAUUGCACACAAUAAGAACUUAUAUCGGUGCUUAAUGGUAAUCAUAGCCUUAAUUAGAGUAUUUAACAAAACGGUAAUCCAUUGUGUAUGACAUAAGUAUGACAUAGAAACACAAGCAAUUUUAUACAGAUUAUAGAUGUUUUUUAUUCUAUUCAGACUUAUAAGGAAUGCUUUCAGGUGACUGUUUUUAGUAAUAACACUCAGUUUAGGAUAUCAGUGUUGAACAACUUUUCCCUCCUUAAAGUUUAAGAAACUAUGAUAUCCAUAACAGAUAUGUAUAUCAGUUUAUGUGUAUAUGUUAUUAUGAUUUUAUUUCCUUGUUCUUGUCACUUUAUGAAGAUGCUAAUUGUCAGCAAUAAUGCAAUAUAGACAGCUAUUUAAGUACAAGAAAAGCACUAAUAUGUCAAACUAGUUUAGAUUUCCAUUAGAUGAGCGGUGGAUUAGUUGCUAACAUGCACAUGAACUUCACUAGUAAAUAUCCCCCAUAGCCAAUAAUUACCUGUGUAUGUAUACCCUGCUGUGCAUAAUAAUAGGGCAUGGUUCACAUAUAUGGCUGUCAGGUCAGUUUUGACCUGUAUUUAGCAACAGUGCUGUGGAAUAUAGAAGUUCUUCUGUUAUAUCACUGUAAAAAAAGAAAAGGUUUGACAUUACUUGAAUAUUCACUCUUUUGGUUUUGAGUCGUCGAAACCAAACACAAUGAGAUUUUGCAGAGGCUAAAUGUGAGAAUGUAAGAAGAUUAGAUGCUGUAUGUAAUACUAUUCUAAAUAAUAUAUGGAAUCCUAUUCAAAUGAAGCACAAAGUCUUGUUUAUCUGCUGAGACGUGGUACAGAAUGUGGGGUUUUCCAUCGCUGUACACACAGUAGCUACUAUGCAUGGUUUCAGAGUGCAAAUGCACUUUUGUAGUGAGCAGCUUUCCAACCUUGCUAAGUGUUUGUGAAUUGCCAGUGAAACAUGAUGUAAAUUCACCUUUUGUGCCCAGUUACCUCAAAGAGUUUCAGUUUUCAAAUCAAAUAAAAAUACUCUAAAAGAUA